AGCCCGGGCGAGACGAGCGGCAGGCAGGCAGGGAUGCUGUGCGCGAUGCGGCCGCUGGUGCUGAUCCUCUGCUUGGGCGCCGGCGCCUGGGCCACGCCGGACCCCCAGCAAGCGCGGCUCGCUGGGCCGGGCGGCCAGAGCAAGACUGGCUGCUAUGACAAUGGGCAGCACUACCAAAUAAACCAGCAGUGGGAGCGCAUUUACCUGGGGAACACUCUUGUCUGUACCUGCUACGGGGGAAGCAGAGGUUUCAACUGCGAAAGCAAGCCAGAACCGGAAGAAACCUGCUAUGACAAAUACACUGGAACAUCAUACCGAGUAGGAGAAACCUAUGAGCGACCCAAGGACUCUAUGAUCUGGGAUUGUACGUGCAUCGGAGCUGGCCGCGGAAGAAUCAGCUGCACCAUUGCAAAUCGCUGUCAUGAAGGGGGCCAUUCCUACAAGAUUGGUGAUACCUGGCGCAGGCCCCACGAGACGGGUGGCUACAUGCUAGAAUGUGUGUGCCUUGGCAAUGGGAAGGGUGAAUGGACGUGCAAACCUCUUGCGGAGCGGUGUUACGACAAUUCUGCGGGGACCUCCUAUGUCGUGGGAGAGAUCUGGGAGAAACCCUACCAAGGCUGGAUGAUGGUGGACUGUACUUGCUUAGGAGAAGGCAGCGGACGCAUCACCUGUACCUCCCGAAACAGGUGUAAUGACCAGGACACCAGGACUUCCUACAGAAUUGGAGACACUUGGAGCAAGAAAGAUAACCGAGGGAAUCUCCUUCAGUGCAUUUGUACCGGGAACGGCAGAGGGGAGUGGAAAUGCGAGAGACACUCAUCCCAGCAAGCCACGGGCAUUGGAACCGGAUCGGCCACCUUCACGGAUGUACAAACAGCCCUUUACCAGCCGCAGCCGCAGCCUGCGCCUUACGGGCACUGCGUCACUGACAAUGGGAUGGUGUAUUCCGUGGGCAUGCAGUGGCUCAAGACGCAGGGCAGCCAGCACAUGCUUUGCACUUGUCUGGGCAAUGGAGUCAGUUGCCAGGAAACAGCUGUGACCCAGACCUACGGUGGAAAUGCUAACGGGGAACCUUGCGUCUUCCCAUUCACCUAUAACGGGAGAACUUUCUACUCAUGCACUACGGAAGGCCGUACUGAUGGGACUCUCUGGUGCAGCACGAGCUCAGACUUCGAUCAGGAAAAGAGAUACUCUUUCUGUACAGAACAAAACGUCUUGGUUCAAACCCGUGGUGGCAACUCCAAUGGCGCCCUGUGCCACUUCCCUUUCAUCUACAACAACCGGAAUUACACGGACUGUACUUCUGAAGGGCGGCGAGAUAACAUGAAGUGGUGCGGCACCACCCCGAACUAUGAUGCUGAUCAGAAAUUUGGCUUCUGUCCCAUGGCAGCUCAUGAGGAAAUCUGCACCACCAACGACGGGGUCAUGUAUCGGGUCGGAGACCAGUGGGACAAAAAACAUGACAUGGGUCACAUGAUGAGAUGCACUUGUGUGGGCAACGGGCGUGGGGAGUGGACCUGCAUCGCUUACUCCCAGCUUAGAGACCAGUGCAUAGUUGACGGGAUCACAUAUGAUGUUAACCAGACCUUCCACAAACGUCAUGAAGAAGGGCAUAUGCUGAACUGUACCUGCUUUGGCCAGGGGCGGGGCAGAUGGAAAUGCGAUCCCAUUGACCAGUGUCAAGAUUCGGAAAGCCACACUUUUUACCAGAUUGGAGAUUCGUGGGAGAAACAUGUUCACGGUAUCAGAUACCAGUGCUAUUGUUAUGGACGUGGCAUUGGCGAAUGGCACUGCCAGCCUCUCAGCACGUACCCAGGUUCCACCGGUCCGGUUCAGGUGAUCAUCACAGAUGUCCCAAUUCAUCCCAAUUCUCAUCCUGUCCAGUGGGUCGCACCUGAAUCUUCUCAUAUCUCCAACUACGUCCUCCGAUGGAAACCGAAAAACUCUGGAGGAAAAUGGAAAGAGGCCACAAUUCCAGGUUACUUGAAUUCCUACACUAUCUCUGGCCUUAGACCUGGCGUCCUCUAUGAGGGGCAGCUUAUUAGCGUGCAGCAUUACGGGCAGAGAGAAGUCACCCGGUUCGAAUUCACCACCUCAAGUACUACGGCUGUUUCAACCAGCCACGUGUCUGGAGAAACCACCGCGCUUCCUUCCGUGGUGACGACCUCGGAGUCGGUCACAGAAAUCACCGCCAACAGCUUCGUGGUCUCCUGGGUUUCUGCUUCCGACACAGUCUCAGGAUUCCGCGUCGAAUAUGAAUUGAGCGAAGAGGGAGAUGAGCCCCAAUACCUGGAUCUUCCAAGCACAGCCACAUCAGUCAAUAUCCCCAACCUGCUUCCUGGCCGCAGAUACAUCGUGAACGUCUAUCAGAUUUCGGAAGAGGGUGAACAGAAUCUGAUUCUGUCUACCUCACAGACAACAGCACCUGACGCUCCUCCGGAACACGUUGUAGAAAGUGUGGAUGACACAUCCAUCAUCGUGAGCUGGGGCAGGCCUGAGGCUCCUAUCACAGGUUACCGCAUCGUCUACACACCGUCUGUGGAGGGCAGCAGCACGGAACUGAAUUUGCCCGAGUCUGCCACCUCUGUGACGCUCAGUGACUUGAUGCCUGGGGUUCAAUACAAUAUCACCAUCUAUGCUGUGGAAGAGAGCCAAGAAAGUAUUCCCGUGUUCAUACAGCAGAAGACUACUGGUGUGCCACUGGAAGGUGAGGUUGCUUCCCCCAGAGAUCUCCAGUUCGUGGAUGUGACGGACAUCAAAAUCACCAUCAUGUGGAACCCCCCUGAGAGCACCGUUACUGGCUAUAGGGUGGAAGUGAUCCCAGUGAACCGCCCAGGUGAACAUGGGCAGAAGUUGCCUGUGACAAGAUACUCUUUCGCUGAGGUCACCGAGCUCUUACCUGGAACGACCUACCUUUUUAAGAUCUAUGCCCUGGGACAAGGCAGAGAAAGUGAACCGCUCACCGGACAGCAAGCAACCAAACUUGAUGCCCCAACCAACCUGCGGUUUGUCAAUGAGACCGAUUCUACUGUGCUGGUGACUUGGAGACCUCCUCAGGCCCAUAUUACAAGUUACCUACUUACUGUGGGACUGACAACAACAGGAGAUCAACCCAAAAAGCACACCGUGGGGCCAUCGGCCACCAGGUACCUGUUGAGGAACUUGCAGCCUGGCUCUGAAUACACCGUGACCCUUGUGGCUGUCAAGGGCAACCAGCAAAGCAACCCAGAAACGGGAGUCUUCUCAACUUUGCAGCGCGUGGGCUCCGUUCCUCACUAUAACACCGAAGUGACAGAGACCUCUAUCGUUGUCACCUGGACUCCUGCACCAAGAAUUGGCUUCAAGUUGGGUGUGCGGCCGAGCCAAGGUGGAGAAGCACCACGGGAGGUCAUCUCUGAAUCAGGAAGCAUUGUCAUAUCUGGCCUGACGCCUGGCAUGGAGUACAUCUACAGCAUCACUGUCCUCACCGACGGUCAAGAGAGGGACUCUCCAAUCAUAAAGACCGUUGUUACACCUGUGUCUCCCCCCUCCAACUUGCGCCUGGAUUCUAACCCAGACACAGGAAUCCUUACUGUCUCUUGGGAAAGAAGUACAACUCCAGAUAUCACUGCGUACAGAAUAACUACCACCCCUACAAACGGACAACAAGGUUACACCUUGGAAGAACUGGUCCAUGCAGACCAGACGUCUUGUAUUUUUGAAAGCCUGAGCCCCGGCGUGGAGUACAACGUCAGUGUUUACACCGUCAAAGAUGAUCAAGAGAGCAUCCCCAUCUUUGAAACCAUCAUGCCAGAGGUGCCCCAACUCACUGACUUAAGCUUUGUUGACAUAACCGAUACCAGUAUCGGCCUGAGGUGGACCCCUCUAAACGCCUCCACCAUUAUUGGCUACCGCAUCACAGUAGUUGCGGCAGGAGAGAGUGUCCCCAUUUUUGAAGAUUUUGUGGACUCCUCAGUAGGAUACUACACAGUUACCGGCCUGGAACCGGGCAUUGACUAUGAGAUCAGCGUGAUCACCCUCAUAAGUGGCGGAGAGAGUGCCCCUACUACGCUGACUCAGCAAACGGCGGUCCCUGCUCCCACUGAUCUCCGUUUCACUAAUGUGAGACCCGAUACUAUCAGAGUGACUUGGACUCCCCCGACAUCCAUUGAACUGACCGGUUUCCUAGUGCGUUACUCACCUGUAAAGAACGAAGAGGAUGUUGCAGAGCUAAGUAUAUCACCUUCAGACAAUGCUGUGGUUUUAACAGGUCUGUUGCCCGGCACUGUAUAUUUAAUCAAAGUCUACAGUAUCUAUGAACAACAUGAGAGUAAACCUCUGAGUGGAGAGCAGAAAACAGGGCUUGACUCCCCUACCGGGCUUGACUUUUCUGAAAUAACGGCCCAUUCUUUCACUGUCCACUGGAUUGCCCCUCGUGCCACCAUCACUGGCUACAAAAUACGCCAUCACCUAGAGCAAGGUGGAGGCAGGCCCAAAGAAGUCCGCAUUGCACCGUCUCGCAAUUCCAUCCCUCUUACUGACCUGAUUCCGGGGUCCGAGUAUGUGGUUAGCAUUUCUGCAUUCAAUGGCAAAGAAGAGAGUUUGCCCCUGACUGGACAGCAGAGUACAGUUUCUGAUGUUCCAAGAGAUCUGCAAGUCACUUCCACCAGCCCGACCAGCCUGGUCAUCUCCUGGGAUGCUCCUGCUGUUACCGUUCGAUACUACAGGAUAACAUACGGCGAAACAGGAGGCAGUGGCCCUGUCCAGGAGUUCACGGUACCCGGUCACCAGUCCAGGGCGACGAUCUCUGGCUUGAAGCCUGGAGCAGAGUACACCAUCACUGUCUAUGCUGUCACUGGGCGCGGAGACAGCCCUGCCAGCAGCAAGCCAAUUGCUGUCAAUUACAAGAUGGAGAUUGGCACCCCAUCCCAGCUGCAAGUCGUCGAUGUUCAGGACAGCAGCAUCACUGUCCGGUGGCAGCCUUCCUCUUCCCCAGUCACUGGGUACCGAGUGACAACUGCCCCCAAAGAUGGCCAUGGUCCCACCAAAACCAAAGUGCUCUCUGCAGAUCAGACUGAAGUCACAAUUGAAGGACUGCAGCCCACCGUUGAGUAUGUGGUUAGCGUCUACGCCCAGGGUCAUGACGGAGAAAGCCAACCUCUGGUUGAGACAGCUGUGACAAACAUUGACCGCCCUAGAGGAUUAACAUUCACCGAUGUGGAUGUUGAUUCCAUCAAAGUUGCUUGGGAAAGCCCACAGGGGCAAGUCAGCAGGUACAGGGUGACCUACUCCACCCCGGAGGAUGGAAUCCUUGAGCUGUUCCCGGCUCCCGAUGGUGAAGACGACACUGCGGAGCUGCGUGGCCUCAGGCCGGGCUCCGAGUACACUGUCAGCAUCGUAGCCUUGUAUGACGAUCUGGAGAGCCUGCCUCUGAUUGGAACUCAGUCCACAGCAAUCCCACCUCCAACAAAUCUGAGACUUAUACAGUCCGCUCCAACCACCCUGACCGUGACCUGGGUGCCACCAAAUGUUCGGCUCACUGGAUACCGAAUCCGGGUGAAUCCCCAGGAGAAGAACGGGCCCAUGAAAGAAAUCCAUGUCUCUCCGGAUAGCACCUCUUCUGUUGUCCCUGGACUCAUGAUGUCGACCAAAUACGAAGUCAGCGUCUACGCUCUGAAAGACACUUUGACUAGCAGACCAGUCCAGGGUGUCAUCACUACCUCAGAGAGUGUCACUCCUCCCCGUAGGGCACGUGUGACAGAUGUCACAGAGAGAACCAUCACCAUUGCGUGGCGCACCAAGACCGAGACCAUCACCGGUUUCCAGAUCGAUGCCAUCCCUGCGAGUGGUCAGAGCCCAGUUCAAAGGACCAUUAGCCCUGAUGUGAGAUCCUACACCAUCACCGGCCUGCAACCAGGCACUGACUACAAGAUUUACAUCUAUUCCUUGAAUGACAACGCUCGCAGCUCCCCCGCAGUGAUUGAUGCUUCUACCGCUAUUGACGCACCGUCCAACUUGCGCUUCUUGACAACCACAAGCAACUCCUUGCUGCUCACUUGGCAGCCCCCCCGGGCCAAGAUCACAGGAUACAUCAUUAAAUAUGAGACUUCUGGGGGGCAACCCAAAGAACUUCUCCCUCGCCCUCGUCCUGGCACUACGGAGGCCACAAUCACUGGUCUGGAGCCAGGGAUGGAAUACACCAUCUAUAUCAUUGCUGUGAAGAACAAUCAGAAGAGCGAACCGUUGAUUGGCAGGACAAGAACAGAUGUGCUUCCGCACCUGGUUACACACCCGCAUCAUGGCCAGGGUGGGCCUGAGAUCCUGGAUGUACCAUCUGUUGUAGAGAACACGCCUUACUUCACAGACUCGCAUGACAAUGGCAAUGGUAUCCAACUUCCAGGCACUUCCGGUCAGCAGCCCUUACCGAGCAACCAGGGUCAACAAAUCUUUGUGGAAGUGUAUGGGUCUCGGACGCCCACAAAAACGACUGUAGCGACUCCAGUAAAGCGUAGACCUAGACCAGAUGUGGGUGAAGAGCCUGAGCUGGUGAACCAACACCCGAUACGUGUCCCAGACCUGGAUGAACCUUCGUAUCCUCACAGCCUUGUGCCCAGGAAUAACCGCACCCGACUCCAGGAGGCCCUUUCUCAGACGACCAUCUCUUGGAGGCCCUUAACGGAAAGCUCCGAAUACAUAAUUUCCUGUCACCCUGUUGGAACGGAAGAGGAGCCUUCAGAGUUCAAAGUUCCUGGUACAUCCUCCAGUGCAACUCUCACCGGUCUUACUCGAGGUGCCACCUACAACGUCAUAGUGGAGGCAGUUAAAAAUCAGAGAAGGCACAAAGUCCUUGAGGAGAAGGUCACCGUGGGUAAUGCCAUUACCGACCCACUUAAUCAGCCCUCCGAUGACUCAUGCUACGACACUUACACUGGCUCUUUCUACUCUGUUGGGGAGGAAUGGGAGAGGCUCUCUGAAUCAGGGUUUAAACUCUGGUGCCAGUGCUUGGGCCUCGGCAGCGGACACUUCCGAUGUGACUCUUCCAAAUGGUGUCAUGACAACGGCGUCAACUACAAGAUUGGGGAAAAAUGGGACAGGCAGGGGGAGAACGGGCAGAUGAUGAGCUGCACUUGCCUUGGAAAUGGGAAGGGAGAGUUCAAGUGUGAGCCACAUGAGGCAACUUGCUAUGACGAUGGCAAGAUGUACCAUGUGGGAGAGCAGUGGCAGAAGGAAUACCUGGGAGCCAUCUGCUCCUGUACUUGCUAUGGAGGGCAGCAGGGCUGGCGGUGUGACAAUUGCCGUAGACCCGGUGCUGCAAGUUCACCCGAUGGUCAUACCUACUCACAAUACUCACAGAGACAUCAAACUACAACUACUCAGAACGUCCAUUGUCCAAUCGAGUGCUUCUACCCUUUACAUCUACAAUCAGACACGCAAAACCGACGCGGAGAUUAAUAUGCCACAAAACAUCACCAACGCCAGGAAGAGCUGCUUGCCAGGACCACGUGCUGUAGAAUUCGACUAGGGAAAAGCGGGCCUGUCUUCUGGGGGCCGGAGGUCCUGCCUCCUCUUGGCUCGACGCACAGCUUCUUCAAGGCAGGGCACUCUUGAAGCAUCUCGGACUUCUUUCACAACGGAUACUGUCAGCUUCUCUUUUUACUCAGUGUUUCAGUACCAUUCAGUAUUUCUACUCCCCCCAUUACCACCACCAAAAGAAAAAUUACUCGGGCUCCAUAAAGGAUAGAGGGGGAAAAGGCUCCCCUGCCCGAGAAAGAAAUGAAUGAAAAGCCAGAAUUAUAUUUUCACCUCCCUAAAGCUAUCAGUAGGAAUUAUAGGCCUUAUCACUGUGAUACAGAACACAGGUCCAGGCCUAACCUUGCUGAAGCGACCCUGAUUUCUUUCCCUAGGGCUAUGUUAGCAUUUUUUGCUGUUAUUUAUCAAAUUGAUCUUCCGUUUCCCCCCUCCCCAAGUGUGUUUCUAUGGGAAAAUAUAUUGGAGACAUGUAGAACACAAUCAACAGAGGAAUUUGGUGUAAUUAUGAUCAGUAAUUAUUUUUAUACUGUUAAGUGCCAAAGCUUUACUACUGUGGGAGACCACUCUUUUAAUAAAAAGAUUUACAAACCA